AUGACUUUCAAGAAAGAUGCUGGAAGGAACAAGUCGAUCCUAAAGAACGCCCUCAUUCUAGUACUGAUAUGUCUUUAUGCCGCCUACCUCAUCGUCGCGUGCAUCAAGGACUUUGAAGCCGCCAUCAUCCUCGUCGCCCUCACCAGCGCAACAGUGAGGUGGAGACCAGUCAUAUGGGGACUCGUUUUGCAGUUUCUUCUAGGAUUCUUCGUUCUCCGUACCUAUGUCGGGUUGAUUAUCUUCGAGUGGCUCAACAACGUCAUCGUACGGUUGUUCGGUUACUCCUCGGCAGGGGCGCUUUUCCUCUUCGGCGAUGACUAUCGGGAGCAUUUCUUCGCAUUCGCUCGCUUUCGAGAAUACCACCCUUUCAAACUGCAGGUACUGCCCAUUGUGUUCUACUUCAGUGCACUCAUCUCCGUCCUGUACUACUGGGGAGUCAUGCAGGUACUGAUUCAGAAGAUGGCCUGGCUCAUGCAGAGGACCAUGCAGACUACAGCCAUCGAGUCCAUCAGUGCAGCAGGAAACAUCUUCUUUGGCAUGAGCGAGUCUUCGGUGAUGAUCGCGCCAUACCUGGAUGUAAUGACCAAGUCCGAGCUCCACGCGGUCAUAACCGGUGGUUUGGCCACGGUAGCGGGCGCCACGCUGGGUGGCUACAUCUUCGCGGGGAUCGACCCCUCCCAUCUGAUUGCUGCCUCGGUGAUGUCGGCGCCCGCCGCGCUGGCUAUAUCCAAGCUGGCAUACCCGGAGACAGAGCAGUCGAAACUCAUCACAGAGAGUGAUGUAGAACUUUCGAAAAGAACUGAGCGAAAUGUAGUUGAAGCAGCAGCAAAUGGAGCGGCGAUGGGCAUAUCACUUGUCCUCAACAUCGCCGCCAACCUAGUGGCCUUUCUCUCCCUCCUUGCCCUCAUCAACGCACUCCUCGGGUACUUUGGAGGGCUCAUUGGUUAUCCUCAGUUGACCUUUGAGUUGAUCUGUUCCUACGUCUUCAUGCCUCUAGCUUUCAUCAUGGGAGUGGAGUGGGGUGACUGCCAGCUUGUGGCCGAGUUGAUAGGUCUCAAGACUUUCCUGAAUGAAUUCUACGCGUAUGGUGUCAUGGGGCAGUACAUCAAGAACAGGGACACAGGAGAUGGACCAACGCUAUCUGUGCGGUCAGAGGUGAUUGCGACGUACGCCCUCUGCGGUUUCUCCAAUAUAGGCUCUAUCGGCAUGAUCUUAGGAAUCCUCGGCCCACUGGCACCCAAACAGAGAAAGGUAUUGUCCCCUGUAGCUCUCCGUGCCCUCUUUGCUGGAUCCGUAGCUUGCUUCACCACAGCUUGCAUUGCAGGCAUCUUGUACGUGCCCGAGGAGUUCAUACAAACCAAUUCGACAUCGACACCGGGGAUGACUACCGUAUAUUGAGGGGAAAAGGAUACGAGACGAUUUUGAGGCUGAUAUAUAUACUGCAUGCCCCUACUUGAAUUAAAUAUGAUACUACAUACUUGCAUACAGUGGCAUAGCUGCAGGGGACAUGGGAGACACUUAUUCAAUCUUCCAAA